UGUGGUCCUGUCCCACCUUCCAAAUUUUGUUUCAGAAAAGGUAAGGCACUAUCGACUUCUUGUACAACUUUUUUUGGGAAAAUUUUCCAUCUUCAUACUCAUCUCGGUAAUUAAUUUUGCAUCUUAUCUGCAUUAUUCAGGUGACUUAAUAAGGAAACUCUGAAUUUUGAAUGUUUUCAAGAGGACAUUAUUGCGCUAGUAAAUUUUUCAAAAUGUUACUUCCUUUUUCGACGUAUGCUAAACGGAAAAGGCUAAAAAAUUACCCAAAAAAUAGCUCAUAAGUACACUCCAUCUUCCCAUCUUUUCAAAUCAAUUGAAUUGUGAUAUGAUGGAAAACUCGUUGUUGAAGAUAGACAAAAGAGCAAUUUUCUACAAGGUCUUUUGUCCCUCAAUCACUAAUGAACUGAGAAUCCCAGCCCAUUUUCUUAGGCAUAUAUCAGAAGAAUCACCUGAUAAAGCCACCCUCAAGUGUCUUUCUGGAGGCACUUGGAAUGUGAAACUACAGUGUGAUGAAGAUGGUUUGCUUAUACAAAAGGGUUGGAAGAAAUUUCAGAAAAAUAAUCAAUUAGAAAAUGGGGAAUAUCUCGUGUUUAGGUACGAUGGCGCUCUGCAAUUCACAAUAAGAAUUUUCAGCAAGAAUGGACUGGAGAGGCAAGUGAAGCCGACAAACAUACAAGCUUCAAUAGAUGGAGGCAGCAAGCGUAAAAGGCCAGAAAAAUUCCCUAAACAGACUUGUGCUAACGGUGAAAAUGAAACAGAACAUGAAACUCGAAGAAAAAGAGCUGCACUUGGGACAGAAGAGGACCUUCUCACUCCAAAUAUUCCUCAAUUUGUGAAAUGUUUGAAAGGCUACAAUGUGAAAAAGUCUUGUUUCUUGUAUGUUCCAAGAUCCUUCUGUGAACAAUUUUCGACAUCAGGCAAUAAGAGAGCAGCUGUCCUCCGUAAUUCAGAAGGAAAAGGGUGGAAAGUGAAUUGUACAACACAAAAUGGAUAUCAUGCUUUCUGUGGGGGAUGGAAACAGUUUGUGAGUGAUAACAAUCUUAAGGAAGGACAGGUCUGUGUUUUUCAGCUUGUCAAUGCAAAUGAACUAAAGGUUUCUGUUUUCAACGAUCCUUCGGAAUCUCUGUUGAAACUUGCUGCACAAAGAUGAUAAAUCUUAGUUUUGAACUGCUACGAUUUGAUGUCAUUAUGUUGGAAUCUGAACUCUGUAGCUGCUUAACAUAAACAACCUUGUUUUCAUUUUCCUUUUUCUGUAUUUGAGUAAUCAGAGAUGUUCCUUCAUUUGUUUUU